AUGUACCCGAAUAGAGUGGUGUUACUAUUGUUUUGCCUAGUAACCCGAUUUCAGCUUGUUUUUGGGUUCACGGACUAUCUUUUGAAGACAUGUGCUCAGUCCGGAUUUUGCCAUAGAAACCGUGCAUAUGGCAGCAGUAUAAGCGAAUCGGGCAGUAAGUACUACUCAAUUGAUCUGCAAAGCGUAAAUUUCGAUGAAGAUGAUAAUGUAAUGAGAGCUAGCAUCAUAAAAAGGGUUGAAAGACCUGAUGGGAAUCAUGCAUCGGUUAGUCUUCCUUUCUCAUUGGCCAUCCUCAGCAAUAAUUCGAUCAGAUUCACUGUUGAUGAGAAUAGACCCACAAUUGAGAACCUUCCCCAGUCCUUAUCUUCCAGGCGAUACAAUGAAACGUCUAAGUGGGCAUUUGACUGCGCCGAAACGCAUGGCGCAAAGCGUCCCAGAAUCAAGAGAGGAUGGCUACAGAGCGACGUCUACACGAUAGCGAGCCCCGACAAGACAGUAAAGCUUGAACUUCACACUAAAUCUUUUCUCAUGAAGGUUUUCCAUCGGGGACAGCAGGCUUUGGUGGUUAAUGAGCGCUCUUUCCUCAAUUUUGAACACUACAGAUCGAAAGAAGAUAACUACCGUCAUUUGGCUCCUGAAGAAUCUAGUUUUAACAUGUUUGGUGAUGACUUCCAAUAUUCACAGGCAGAUUCUUUGCCUUUCGGGCCUGAGUCAGUAGCGCUUGAUAUCACGUUUAAGCAUUAUAGCAAUGUCUUUGGUAUCCCAGAACAUGCAGAUUCGCUUAGACUUAGAGAUACGACGGAUCGGGAUCCCUACCGAUUGUUUAAUGUGGAUGUAUUUGAAUACAACCUGAAUUCCACUUUUCCAACGUAUGGUUCAAUUCCUCUUAUGAUCGCCUCAAAACCAGAGUCAAGCAUUGGAGUGUUUUGGGUUAACGCAGCAGACACCUGGGUCGAUAUAAAAUAUGACGACCAUGAUACUAAGACACAUUGGAUGUCCGAAUCCGGCAUUAUCGACGUGGUACUGUUUUUCGGCGAUGAGCCUUCAGAAAUCACUGAGAAGUAUACCUUUUUAACAGGAAGACCCUUUUUGCCUUCUUUGUCUUCGUUGGGCUACCACCAAUGCAGAUGGAACUACAAUGACGAACUUGAUGUGCUCACCGUUGAUUCCGAGAUGGAUCGCGCUCAUAUUCCUUAUGACAAUAUCUGGCUGGAUAUCGAGUAUACUGAUGAAAGAAAGUUCUUCACUUGGAAAUCGGACUCCUUUCCUAACCCAUCAAGGUUACUGAAAAGGUUGGCUAAGCUUGGGAGACAGCUAACUGUGCUAAUAGAUCCUCACCUAAAAGAAGACUAUGAAGUAAGUGAUUCCAUAGUGAGGGAUAAUGUGGCCGUCAAGGACUGCAAAGGGCAGACUUUUGUCGGCCAUUGCUGGCCGGGACAGUCAAUCUGGAUCGAUACGUUUGAUCCAGCGGGUCAAUCUUUGUGGACCCAGUUUUUCAUGAGGUUUUCUAAAGGUAUUGCUAAUUUGAACAUUUGGAAUGAUAUGAACGAGCCCUCAAUUUUCAGCGGCCCAGAGACGACCGCCCCGAAGGACUUACUCCAUUACAAUGGUUUCGAAGAGAGAUCUGUCCAUAAUUUGUACGGCUUGACCGUGCAUGAAACCACUUAUAAAUCUAUGAAAGCAAUAAGCCCUGAAGAAAAUACGAGACCAUUUGUUCUGACUAGAUCCUUUUUCUCGGGAUCUCAGAGGACAGCCGCUACUUGGACCGGCGAUAACGUUGCAAAUUGGGAUUACUUAAGAAUAUCUAUACCUAUGUGUUUGAGCAACAACAUAGCGGGCAUGCCGUUCAUUGGAGCCGACAUAGCUGGGUUUUCAGGUAACCCUGAAGAAGAAUUAAUAGCGAGAUGGUACCAAGCUGGACUAUGGUAUCCCUUCUUCAGAGCACAUGCGCACAUUGACACACUUAGAAGAGAACCUUACUUAUUUGAAGAGCCCUUGAAAUCAAUAGUACGGAACGCUAUACAGUUGAGAUACACGCUUUUGCCAACAUUUUAUUCGACAUUUCAUAGGGCAAGCAAAGAUGGAUCGCCAAUAUUGAAGCCAAUGUUUUACCAAAAACCACAGUUUCCCGAACUGUAUGACGUUGAUGAUCAAUUUUAUGUCGGCGACUCAGGCCUAUUGGUAAAGCCAGUCUUAGAAAGAGGUCAGAGGUCGAUUCAUAUCUCGCUGGCCCCCGGAAUUUAUUACCAUUACCCAUCAUUAGAAAGUCUGGUGGCUCAGACAAACAUUGAGAUCAAACAAUUGGAUGCACCUCUGGACAAAAUCCCUGUGCUGCUUGAAGGUGGCCACAUAAUUUUCAGCAAGGAGAGGUAUAGGAGAUCCGCUAAGCUCUAUCGCAAUGAUCCCUACACACUCACAGUCGCUCCCGACCUGUUGGAAAAUGCAGCGGGCAAGAUUUAUGUGGAUGACGGAGAAACAUUCAACUUUCAAUCUGGCGAGUUCUUGGAAACCCAGGUGGUGCUGCAGAAGGGCAAGAUUCUGAAGAAUAUUCCUUUAAACGUUCCUUCCUCCCACAUUUUCAUCGGCAACAGGUAUAUCGAGAAGAUUAUCCUCCCCGUGGGCAGAAUGACCGUGAAGGAACUGGUUAAAGUGCAAAAAGGGCAUGAAAUAUACGAAGUUGCUGCGACGCGAGAGGGAUUGAACUCCAUUGCAAUCUUGAAUCCUCUUGUCAGACUAGACGAAGAAUGGGUGAUUAUGUUUUAA